CCCGUUAUUCUCCCCCCUUUCCGUAUUGCCCGUAGUAGUCAUGGCGGCCAUGAGUUUGCUGCAGCGGGCUUCGGCCACUGCUGUGGCUGCACUGUCUGGCCGCCGACUCGGCACUCAACUUGGAUUUGGGGGCUUCCUCACUCGUGGCUUUCCGAAGACUGUCGCUCCUGUUCGACACAGUGGAGACCAUGGGAAGAGACUGUUUAUCAUCAAACCUUCUGGAUACUAUGACAAGCGGUUUUUGCACUUAAUGAAAUUCUACAUUUUGUUGACUGGGAUUCCAGUAGCAAUUGGAAUAACUCUGGUGAAUGUAUUCAUUGGUGAAGCUGAGUUAGCAGAAAUUCCAGAAGGCUAUAUCCCAGAACACUGGGAAUAUUUCAAGCAUCCUAUAUCAAGAUGGAUUGCCCGUACUUUCUAUGAUGGUCCUGAAAAGAACUAUGAAAAAACAAUGGCUAUCCUUCAAAUUGAAGCUGAAAAGGCUGAAUUACGGUUAAAGGAGCUGGAAGUACGAAGAUUGAUGCGCUCGAGAGGCGAUGGUCCCUGGUUUCAAUAUCCAACCAUUGAUAAAGCGCUUAUUGAUCAUUCUUCAAAAGCAUCUCCUGACAACUGAUCUUUUAUUUCUCCAUAUGCAAAGUGUAUUCUCUUUAAAGGAAAAAUAAACUGAUAAUUCUGUAUUUUUACUUUGUGUGAUGAAUAAAAGAUCCCCUUGCAUUGCUCUAUUUCUCAAUAUUGGCCCAGAAUAAGGCUUUUAUGAAUGUGUGAUUUCAGUCUUUUUUCAACUUCAUUGAGGUAUAGAUGACAAAGUUAUAAGAUAUUUAAUGUGUAUAUCAUGGUGAUCUGAUACAUGUAUCCAUUGUGA